CUCUAUUUCCAGGAAAACCUUGUGCUUAUAAAUACCCAUAUUUCCUACAACGAACUUCAUUCAAUUCACUCACCAACUCAAUUCCCUUUAUCAGAUUUAUAUAAUAUAAUUUUUUGAAUUGGAGAGAUAUAUCAGAGAUGGCAAGGAAUCAUGGAGAUCAUUCAGUGGCUUUGGAUAUCAGCGAUGAUCAUCAUCACACUGUAGAUGAUGCAUCUGAAACAACCUGCAAUAAUAACUUCAUUUUCACUCUGCCCUUUAUCCAGAAGGUGAUUGCGGAGAUUUUUGGGACGUAUUUCUUGAUUUUCGCCGGGUGUGGGGCGGCGGCGGUGAACGCCGACAAGGGAACGGUGACGUUCCCCGGAGUAGCCAUCGUGUGGGGGCUGGCGGCGGUUGCCAUGAUCUACUCCGUCGGCCAUAUCUCCGGCGCGCAUUUCAACCCCGCCGUCACCAUUGCUUUUGCCACUUGCAAAAGGUUCCCCUGUGCACAAGUACCUGCCUAUAUACUAGCUCAGAUGAUCGGAGCAACCGCAGCAAGUGGAACCUUACGGCUAAUAUUUAACGGAGAACAUGAUCACUUCGUCGGAACAGCUCCGGCGGGAUCGGAUUUGCAAUCUCUCGUGAUCGAGUUCAUAAUAACAUUCUACCUCAUGUUCGUCAUUUCAAGUGUUGUCACUGAUACUCGAGCGGUCGGAGAACUUGCGGGCCUGGUUAUUGGAGCUACCAUUUUGCUCAACGUUAUGUUCACCGGGCCAAUAACAGGGGCAUCAAUGAAUCCAGCAAGGAGUUUGGGUCCAGCAAUAGUAUCAAAUAGAUACAGAGGAAUAUGGAUAUAUAUGUUGGGUCCAACUGCAGGGGCCAUUGCAGGUGCAUGGGUCUACAACAUCCUCAGGCUCAAAAACAAACCAUAAUAUCUUUUUUUUUUUUUUUUUUAUUGUGACGGAAGAAACUC